AUGAGCCGCUACGGAGGGCUGCCCGCCCGAGUGCGAAGGGUGAGGCGGGGGGUCGAGCUGCCGCAGAGCCGGGUUCUCCUUCCCGCCUCCUUGGCGUGGGCCGGGGCCCUUCGCCAAGCUUUGUUCCUUCUCUUGCAGAUCCGUGCUGGAUCAAGAGUCUUGUACAGACCAAUUUCGGCAUCUGUGUUGUCUAGGCCAGAGGUCAAGAAUGGAGAGGGCAACUCAACACUUAAUGGGGCCCAAAAUACUGUCUCCCGACUAGCACUUAGAGAAUUCCAGACUAGUGCUAUCAGCAGGGACAUUGACACUGCUGCCAAAUUUAUUGGUGCUGGUGCUGCCACAGUAGGUGUGGCUGGUUCUGGCGCUGGUAUUGGAACAGUCUUCGGUAGUCUAAUCAUUGGUUAUGCCAGAAAUCCUUCUCUGAAGCAGCAGCUGUUCUCAUACGCUAUCCUGGGAUUCGCCCUGUCUGAAGCUAUGGGUCUCUUCUGUCUGAUGGUUGCUUUCUUGAUCCUAUUUGCCAUGUGAAAGGAGAUCUGCCCGUAAUACUGGCAUUGGAAUGUAACUCUGCAUUUUAUGGGACUCCCAAAAUGUUGGUGUCAUGGAAAUUGAUGCUAUUUCCAAAGUCAUUUCAUUAAAGAUAACAACUUUAACUGUCAA